AUGACGGAAGAAAUACAGCUAAAUUCAUCAAAAUUAGGUACAAAAGAAUAUUGGGAUAAUUUUUACAAAAAGGAACAACAAAAUUUUAAAAAUAAUGAUGAAGAUACCGGUGAAUGUUGGUUUGAUGAUUCAGAUGCAGAAAAUAAAAUGAUUCAAUUUAUUAUAGAUACUUUGUUGCCGGAUUUGCACCAAGAUAAAAUACUGUUUUUGGAUUUAGGUACUGGAAAUGGUCAUUUAUUGUUUCAACUAAUGGAGGACUUGCAAGAAGAAUUGGAAGAGGAAGAACAAAAGCAGUUUGUAUUUCAUGGAAUUGAUUAUUCACCGGAUUCAAUAGCUUUUGCAAAAGACAUAUCCAAAACUAAAUAUCCUGAAAAUGAAUUUAAAUUUGAUCAAGUUGAUUUACUUGCGAGUGAUUCGGAAUUUUUACAAAAUAAUAAAUUUGAUAUAAUACUAGAUAAAGGAACUUUAGACGCAAUAGCAUUAAAUCAAGAUCCAAUAACGAACGAUGGUAAAAGAGGUAUGGACAUAUAUGCAAAUCAGAUUAGUAAAAUGAUGAUUCAGAAUUCAAUUUUGCUAAUAACUUCAUGUAACUUUACAGAAGAUGAACUUAUAAAAGUGAUUACUACUAAUACUGAUUUAAAAGUUUUUGAAAAGAUCAAUUAUCCGAGUUUUCAAUUUGGUGGUAUACAAGGUUCAACUGUUGUUAGUAUUGCAUUUAAUAGAGAAAAAUAA